GAUUUUCCAUUCAAAAAGACACCUGAUCUUAAUGAAAUUCGUACCUAGCUAUUGACAUUUUUCUAUUGCGGAUUGUCACUCUUGUCAGCGAUGAAUUGAACAGGACGUGCAGCGGCGUCGCGAUACAGGAGAACACUGCAAUGACGACAGCUCAGUGUUUCUUCAAUGACGUAAGGGAAAUUGUCGAUCCCGGGUCGGUAAUGAUGUUCUGGAAGGAUAAAACGGGAUUCGACGGUUGGAGGGCCACGAACCUUAUCCCACACCCCGCCUACCGUCUGGGAAGUGUGCAUUGCAACAUCGGCCUGGCCAAGACCUCCGGAGUUUUUCCAUCAGUGUACAAAAAUCUGGGCGGUCACCUCGAACACGACAAGCCGUGCGAAAUCUUCGGCUACGGUAGUUACGACCGCGGUUUUCGGCUUCCCUUGUACUUGCAGAGGAUGAAAGUCGCCCCGGAAAACAGGAAGACUUGCAACGAGGUAAACGAAUCCCUGAUAUGCAUCACAUUCAAAAACAAGGAGAUGCCCUGCAACGGUGACUCAGGCGCUCCUCUCAUCUGCGAAGGUUCGGUAAAGGGCAUCUUGUCUGACGGAUACGUUUCCCGUGAGAUGUGCGGCAUCUUUAGAAAGUCCCUCACCCGAUAUCAAAUCCUUGCCAACUACAGGCUGUGGUUAAAUGAAAUCACGGGUGUUUUCGUCGAAUCCCAUUAUAAAUCAGCAUCUUACCACCACAUACUCAUUCCACUAUGCCUGUGCUUUGUUUUCUUCAAUAAUAUCGUAAAGAUUCAUUGAUAAUUAUGAUUAUGUUAUAACUAACAAUCCGUACAUAAGACGUUUGAGUUAAAUCAAUCAUUCAACGUACACCACGAAUGUGAUCUACAUUGUUUUCUUGAUUUAUGUGUCUUAGCAAUAUUCCUAUUUACUUGUAUUUAUUCUUUUACUGGAAAAAAAUUGUGAGUGGAGAUUCGGACACAUACUUGGUCGUGAUCUUCUUGUUGGAGAAACAAGUUGAACUCAUCGACACUGGAUCAAUUUUCCUGGCUGAAACUGCGAGAAUGAAAGACUCACUAAACUGAUUAAGUGCCGAUAAGUUCGACAUUUAUUUACAUACAGGCUACACCUGGUGUUAACAUAACAAUGCAUUGCAUUCAUUAAAUCUUAUUUUUAACGCUGCUUUAAUGGUGACGUAAUUUGAUCAUUAUCAACCGUCUUUCUGCCUAUCCUUGCUUUCAGACGUGGUUUUUGCACUGAAGAUGGUAAAAUGCCGAAACGACAGAUAACCCCAAUAGGAAUAGGAAGAUCAAAAUGACCGGUAAUGAUCAAAUUACAAGUUGUUUGUUACUCAUCAUUCGCAGCGAACGAGUAUCAUUAGAACUCAACGUAUAAUAAUUUAUAAUAGUUGAAUUCAUUAUUUUGGCAAUGUGAAGCUUGCAAACACAAAUUCUUGGAUUUAUUCAAAAAUACUGACACAUGGCAAAAACGUCUAUGAGCUGAGUGUAGGCUACAUUACAGGGACGUGUUGAAAUUCCGUUAAAAACUGGAUCCCAGGAGAUAAUCCAGUACAACUGGCAUAUAGUUUGAUGGUUCAGGCAGAGCAGGAUGACCGAGAAGAGCUAAAAUCAGGUUUAUCGCCCAGCAAUCCUUCCAAAAAUAGUUCACAGUAAAUUAGGGAGUUUUUAAAGAAAGAAGAGCGAGAAAAACAUGUGUGUUUAUAUUAAUCAACAUAUGCCAGCAAUUACAAUCUCUAGGGACUUGAUAUGCAGACUUUUAUUGUUUUAAGGGGAAAAAACUUUUCGGUUAAGGGAAAACUGCUAUACCCUUAUUAUUAGAAACCGAAAAGGGCCUAAAUUCAGGUUUACGGUCCUGCACUUAUCCAGAAAUAUCUCACAAUAACUUACGUAGUUCUCCAGGAAUGAAGAGCGAGAAAAACUUGUCAUUGUGUCUGUAUAAUCAACAUCAACAAAUAUCGCGAGAGCUUUCAUUUUGCUUCCUUCGGUUUUUCCUUCUUGUUCUUUCAAAAAAUUUGAAAUUUUUAUAUUUUUUCAUGUUAUUUUAUGUGGUAGAGCUUGUGUUUUUCAAUGUCUUUCUUACUAACCUUCUUUUGCAAAAAUAAAACAAAAAUCUUUUUCUAACCAGAAAUGUAUAUUAUGUUGAACCGGGGCACACGGGCACUACUGGGUCUGUCUUCACUCGC